AUGAGCCGUUCAUUCGGUAAUACAAAUCUGUCUUCAAUACAACCAUCAUCACUUUCACGAAUGCCUUCAACACCAGGUACGGAUUGGGAGGAUUUACGUAAACAAGCUCGUCUACAUGAAAAUGAAAUUGAUACAAAAUUAAUCUCUUUUUCGAAAUUAUGUUCAAAUUAUGUUGCACAUGAACAAAAUGAUCCAGCAUCAGCGACUACAACUACUCCAUCAUCCUCAUUCGAAACUAUGUCUAUUGAAAUAGAAAAACUUCUCGAACGUUUAUCUGAUAUAAAUAAACGUAUGGCUGAUGUUGUUCCAUCAUUACACGGCCCUAAUUCAGCUGCAACACAUACAUUACAACGUCAUCAUGAAAUUCUACAAGAUUAUCGUCGUGAAUUUGAACGUACAAAAGCCAAUAUAAGAAAUUUUAAAAGUCGUGAAGAUCUAUUAAUAAAUAAUACUUCAACAAAUUCCGAUGUAAUAACAGCUGGUUUAAGUAGUCGUCGACAAGAUUAUUAUUUACGUGAAAUGGGUCAUUUAAAUAGUUCACAUAAAUUAAUGGAUACAAAUAUCGAAAUGGCAUCAAUGAUUAAAAAAGAUUUAUCAGAUCAAAAAAGAUUUUUAUUAAAUAUCACAACUAAAGUUAAUACUCUUGCUAAUCGUUUUCCAUUGGUUAAUAAUAUUUUACAAAAAAUAAAAUUAAAAAAACGUAAAGAUUCACUUGUGCUUGGUGUUGUUAUUGCAAUUUGUCUUAUUAUUCUACUUCUUUAUAUGUUUCGGUAG